ACAUGCUCACUUCCUCUAGAAUUUCUUGCAAUCCGCAUCUCUACCUGUGUUAGACAGUCCAGGCCCCAUAUGAGCAUUCUAGGGUCGGACUAGUUCACCACCACCAUGUGUAAUUAUGUUCUCCUUGUUCCCAUAUGUCAGCACAAUCCUAUUCUUCUCUUUGAAACCUCUUGUCAUCUAGUACUCAAAGAGUUACAGCGUAUAAACAAGCCUGCCGCUUGGGAGGGAAGUGCCCUCUUUGAGAUUCCUUUCAGAGUGCCCGAACCGUGCCACCCCGGGCCAGAUAAUAUUCAGCCAAUACACACGAGUGAUUCGUGUCACAUGAGCUGCCAGAAUACAAUAAUCAAGAGCACUGAGCAGUGGAUAACUUGAUUUCCGCUGUGAUGUGUUGUUUGAAUGGCCUCGACCAGACAGCUGGCUAUGGGGCCACGGGAAGGUAGGCCGCCAUAUCUCGUGGGUAAUGUACACGAUAUAUGUACAGAACCUUGAUCGUAUGAUU